AUGUUCAAGAACAAUCCGCGAGCACUCGACCUCGCCUGCACGGGCCUGGUCCUGCUCACCUUCAUGACCGUUCACUUGUUCCAGUUCCGUUUCGGCGACACCGACCAGUUCGGGCCGUACAUGAUCCGCCCCCCUCCCUACCUCAUCAAUUUCUGGGGCGUCUUCGAGCUCGACCUCUUCUGGACGAAGGACGCCUCGAUCCAGCCAGUGGGGGUUCGCGACAUCUACGCGCUCGAGUUCAAGCUCUUCAACGAUUCCAAGGCUCUCAGCCUCUUCUACAUGUUCGCGGUGGUCGUGUUCAUGGUCCACGGUUGCCUCGGCUGGAAGAAGCUCGCCCCAGCGUCGGCUUUCGGCAUCCCGAAUCAGCACAUCCCAUUGGUGACCAAGUACGGCUACGCAAUCUUCAUUGCGGUCGGCCUCGUAUACAUCUCGUUCCCGCUGUACUGUCUCUGCACGGUCCCGUUCAACGGCUACGAGAAGGACAUCAACUCCGGCCGCGUCGAGCGCUGA